AUGUCAACCAGAUCGAUUGUACUUGGAGGUGGUUGUUUUUGGGGUUUGGAUCAUAUAUUCCGUAAACAACUAACAGGUAAAGGUUUAAUUAAUAUAGCAGUCGGAUAUGCAAAUGGUGAUCCAUCAGUUAAAAAUGUAACUUACGAAAAAGUAUGCAGUGGGAAGACUAAUUUUGUUGAAGUUGCCAAACUAGAAUAUGAUUCAAAAAAAUUACCAACUUCAGAAAUUUUAGAUUUAUUUUUCAAAAUUCAUGACCCUACAACAGUAAAUUCACAAGGUCCUGAUGUUGGAACUCAAUACAAAUCAGCUAUUUUCACAACUGACGAUGAGCAAUUGAAGUUAGCUAAGGAAAUUAAAGAAAAAUUUCAGAAGGAAUGGUAUCCUAAUCAAAAAAUUGCCACCAUUAUUGAACCAUUGAGAAUAUUUGUUGAUGCUGAAGAAUAUCAUCAAAAUUAUUUGAAUAAAAACAAAGGAGGAUAUGAAUGCCCUACUCAUUUCAUUAGGACAAAACCUAAGGUUUGA